AGUAAAAUUUAACAUAAUCGGUUUGGACAUUAAAGUGAUUAAUUCGUAAACGUAAUUUGGCAGUGAGGUAAUCAAAACUUUUUUAAUGGAAUAAAUAGAAAAGCACAUAUUAAAAAAAUAUUGUAAGCUCACCACAUAAACGCACUUUGUGAAAAAUCUUAGUUUAUUCAUUUUGGAAGUAAUGGACAGUCAGGCACCAGCAGAUGGUUACUUAUUGGACAUAGUUGAUAAUAAGUGGCGUGAAGAAGAAUUACCCUUCGAUCAAAUUAUUGUACCAGCUGAAAAGUUACCUGACCCAGAAGCAGAUGGUGGUGAUUCGCAUUUAACUUUAAGUGAACAGGAACAAAAAUGGACCGAUUUGGCCUUAGGAACUUUGGCACCAGAGUCUUCAUUAUGUGAUCAAUUAAAUCUCACAACUAUUUAAAUUAAUUCAAAAAA